AUGCCGGUGGGCAGUAGGAUGUCCCUACUCUACUUGCUACUCGCGCUGGCCUGGAACAUGCGGUGCUCUGCGAUUUUGGUCAACAUAACCAUCGACGAUAUGGACACUGCGUGGUCCUGGAACGGCGCCUGGAACGCGGUCACCCCAGAGAGCCCUUGUCCCAAUCAUCUAUGCGUCGUUCAUCCAGACAGCAACCAGGCAUACAACCAUUCGUGGCAUAAUGGCGCGCUCUUCUCGGGGACAUUCACUUUUAAAGGCGUUGCGGUGUAUAUCUAUGGAAUCGACAUUGUGAAUCCGGCCAACGUCAGCUUCUCCAUGGAGUGUCCCCGUGUCUCGACAUUCCACUACGUGAACACCAAUGCAAGCGGCAACUAUGUCUACAACUCCCUUUUCUUCUCUGCAAGCAACCUCGACGGGACGAAGGAGAGCACGGUACUGUUCCAGGAGAUGCUGGCGCCGAUGCCCAGUCCACUGAAUCCCGGCCGGAUAGCAUUGCUGGACUACGCGGUGGUUACUAUUGAUCUACAGACAGCGGCACCUCCCAAUCUACCGCAACAACCCGAGCCAUCGAAUUCUAUUGCUGCACCACAGUCAUCAACAAGUAAUUCAACUACGCUUUCCACUGGGGACCAACAAUCCGAAUCUUACAAUUCUAAUGCGACGACCUCGUCGACACCAGGUGGACCAACUCCGAGGGCAAGUCACCCUGGUGCUAGUAACCAGUCGAGACUCUUGCCUGUCAUUGGCGGGAUUCUUGGCGCGGUUGGGGCUAUGGCGCUCGCUGGUAUCAUGAUAUUAUGCUCAGCUCGGCGCCGCCAUCGGAAUGUCAACCGUAAUCAUUCCCCCGCUCCCGAAACACGAACACAGUCGAACCGCCUCGCGGUCAGGUUCAAGCUGAUCUUCGAACGACUUCGACGAGGUAUUGGUGCCAGUGUCCGAACAAGGGCGACACCCUAUGCUUUCAGUCUCGAAACAGAGGCACGCCCGCAGGCUCCCGCAGGCCUCGGCUCCAGGAAAAACCCUCCAACUGUCGCAGUUCAAAAUCAUGAUGGCAACUUGAGUCCUGAUCCGGCACCGGCACUGGCACCGGCACCUCAGCGGGCCGGAUCCCAGAUUCUGGCUCCAAAUCGAGUCCGAGCAGCGCGCGCGGAUUCGGAGGUCGAACGAAGAUUGCGCGUUCUGGAGGAGCUGGUCAGAGCUUAUGUCCCGCCAGCAUAUACCCAACCUCCCAGGAGCUGA